CCAAUGGCCGCUGCACGGUGCAAGGUCCUGGUGGUGGUUCCAUGACUGUGGGGCCAGGAGCCGGCAUGAUGUGCCAGAUUGGCAGCCCACUUCAAGCAUUUAGGACAACCAGCCCAAACAAGACUGCGGCGGUUGUCUCGCCGAUGCUGAUGACUCGCACUCUACAGGCUCCCCCGGUGCCGCAGCAUGCUGUGGCAGCGGUGGCAGCACAGACGAUGCCGCAGGGGAUCGGAACCAUUCCAGGGAUGCUCCCCGCGCGUGUGAUGACCCAGGCGGCCUCUCCAGGCAUUAACAUGGCUCCCGGCGUCUGCGUCGGCGGAGCCUCUCCUCCCAUGGCACUGCGCAACUGUCGCACUGCCAGUGACUUGACGCGUCCGAUGGCAUCGUUUCCUCACGCGAGGGGUUGAGAUGUAGACCGUGUUUUUUUUGGUCCCUGUAUGCCUAUGCGAAAAUGUCUUCUCCGGGCGUCGUCCUAACGGGUGUGGACAAGGUUUGGGACCAGUGAAAGAUCUCC